AUGUGCGUCACCUUUCAGCAGAACCUCACGCAACCCUACAAGUACAAACAUAACCCAGCUCGAGUCGCCCAGCUUUCCUCCUUGUCGCCCAUCAUGGAUCCGGGACGACAGGCAAUGAUUGAUGGUACGAAGUCGCCUCAACGGCAGGACAGAGACAUUACCGGCCCACGACGAGACCCCAACAACCGUAUCACCAAGCCCUCGAAACCAAGCCCGUCAAACGCGGCGGCCAAUACCGCCCGAUUCCUGAGCCAAGACGAUCAAUCCAGGAAAUUUGUGGCCGACGAAGACAAGUUCGUCCUUAAGCAGUCCAAGAAGAAGGCCGACAUCCGGGUCCGAGAGGGGCGCGCCAGGGCCGUCGACUACCUGGCCUUCAACCUUCGUUAUAUCGACAAUGAUCGGGAUGUCUUCGACGAUGACGAUGGCGAUAUCGAGAUCAAUGUACCGUCACCCGAAAAAAUAGUGGAUAGUUCCAACGCGGCAGAGCUCAAAGAGUUGGAGUCAGACAUCACCUCUUUUCACACAUUGGAGACCAGCCAGAGGAAUCGCGACUACUGGAGCUCUCUCCUCACUCUUUGCAAAGAUAGGAGGACGAAGUUACAGGGAAACGACCACGAAGGACGUGCAGUCAGUGCCGUAUCCUCGGAUGUGGAUAGGAUUCUAGGUCCCAAGACCUUUGAGCAACUUGAGGGUCUGGAAAAACAGAUCAAGGCCAAAUUACAAUCAGACGAGAAUGUCGACAGGGAUUAUUGGGAGGGGUUGCUGAGAAAUUUGCUGGUUUACAAGGCAAAAGCGAAGCUGAACAAGAUUUGUGAAGCGAUCAAGGAGAGCCGCAUCGAGCAGUUCAGGUCCAGCAACCCAGCCAAAGCAGAUGCUCUUGCGUCGGCAGAUAUCGAUCUUCAUGGCUCGCGGGCUGGGAUGAGUUCUGGAGAGGCCACCUCACGAGCGGCCAAGCCGCCAACCGCUGCUUCAUCCUCCGCUGGUGCUGGUGCCUCCGAAGACAGCAACGCGCCUCCUGGAACAGCACGGUUUGCGUCGAGCGGUGCGCAGGACUUCUCCCAGGCUACUCGGGCUCUUUAUGAGCGUGAGGUCGCGCGUGGAAUUAGCGAAAACGAGGAAAUCUUCACGGCAGAAGAAGCUGUCCCUAGUGCCACCAAGCCGAAGUGGGCUGAUAAGUAUCGCCCACGGAAGCCACAGUACUUCAACAGGGUGACAAUGGGAUACGAAUGGAACAAAUAUAAUCAAACACACUAUGACCACGACAAUCCGCCUCCGAAGGUGGUCCAGGGCUACAAGUUCAACAUUUUCUACCCGGAUUUGAUCGACAAGACUAAGGCGCCUACGUUCAAGAUCAUGCGGGAGGGCGGCCGACGCAGAGGAGAAUCUUUUGCUCCCGCAGGAGAGGAGGACACUUGUCUCCUUCGUUUCAUUGCAGGUCCACCGUACGAAGAUAUUGCAUUUCGUAUCGUCGACCGAGAGUGGGACUACUCUGCGAAGAGGGACCGAGGGUUUCGCAGCAGCUUCGACAAGGGAAUUCUUCAGCUACACUUUCAGUUCAAGAAGAUUGGAGGCGGCGGGGAAUUGACUCUUGGCUACGUCUCUGACAGCGGCAAGCCCUUCUAUAGCAGGGAUGGACCUGACCUGCAUCGGCCUUCUCACCUACUGUUCACGUUCCCACACCCUGAUCUUGACCGCGCCAUCGUCAUGCCCUCAGCCAUCGAGUCUGGCCGCGCUCGCCCGGCAACUGACUUGUGCGACAUUCAGCUGCCUGCGGAGGGAAAGGGGGAAGCCUUGCUCUCUCGAUUCCAACUUCUGGGCAAAGGCUGUGUUGUGUAUCCAACAUCGAAAACUAUCCAGAAGCAGUCCAGAAGCCGCGGCGAACUGGCGGGACCGAAUGCAGCUUUCCGCACGUCUCUGGGCGUCACAGCCGUCGCAGCUCUGGCAGACACAAGUAGCUUCUGUUUCCGGAGGCGAUGGGAAGAGGUCACCAUUCGGGCGAAGUACUGCCAAGUAUACUUCGAACAGACCAGCCGAUCCAGCAAAGGCACGACGAGGGUGGAUCUUAACGGCUUUGUGGUCGCUACGCUGCAGACUUUCAUUGCCGGACGACCGACUGCCAUCAGGCCCCAGAUGCGACCACUUCAGGAGAAACUGCGAUGA